AUGCCCCGUUACUUGCGGCAUAUAUUCUCUUUGGUCUCGGAUGGUAGGAAACAUAUCGAUGGAAUCAUUCUUAAAUAUAUACUUACUGUGACCCAGUGCAAUUGUCACGUCAUACUAGGUCGCAUCGUAUCUGGAUCUGGCAGUGCGGGCAUGACCGCAUUGCUUUCAAUAAUUAUCACCGAUCUCAUACCACUCCGCCAUGUGGCGUCAUGGCUUUCCUAUGUAAAUGCUGUUGUAAAAACUGGCCGAAGUCUUCGAGGGCUAGUUGGAGGGUGGCUUGCUGACACGGUGGGAUGGAGAUGGUCUUUUCUAGGACAGGCUCCCUUGGCAGCAGUUGCGAUCGUCCUUGUUGGGUAUACACUUCCAAACUGCAACCAGGAUCCCAAAGUCGAAGAAGGACCAGAGCAAAGCAAAUUUGCGAGAAUCGACUUCGUAGGUGCAACGCUGGUGACUAUGACUACCCUAGGCUUCCUAUUACCCCUUGAGAUAGGUGGUGUUAAAUUACCAUGGACCCACCCUAUCAUCCCGAUUCUGUUUGGCAUAGUAGCCGUGUUUGAACCAAUUUUGCCGCUGCAGCUCUUGCAGCAUCGGGACUCCGUCGUUUCAUUCGUCGUCAUGGCCCUCCAAACGGCUGCGCAGAUGGGGAUCAUUGCCAAAGCUUCCAACGCGGUCGCCGGUGCACACCUAUUUCUUGCCGUUGCCGGAAAUGCAGUGGGAGGUGUCAUGUCCGGGGCCAUCAUUCUGAGGACUGGGCGCUACAAAUUGUUGCUUCUCUCUGCAACCCUAAUCGCGACCUUCGGCUACCUCCUCAUAUUCCGUUGGCAUGGACACACAAACUGGCUCGAAUCCCUUUACAUCGUCCCAGGCGGUUUCGGUACUCGGGUCGCUCAAUCUGCAAUAUUUACCAGUAUCCAAGUCGAUUUCGAUCCACAAUACACGGCAGUUGCCACCUCGGCUCUAUUUCUCUCCUCAUCUGUUAGAAUAGUGGCUAGAUUAGCUAGUGUGGGGGCCGUGAUGCAAGCGAUGUUGUGGAGAGGGCUCAAUCGUCGACUUGAUAGGUUGGGAUUUUCGAGACUCAAGAAGCUCGAAGAGGGUGAUAUUAUUGAACGAGCUGUGUCGGAUACUCGCUAUGUUGACAAUGCUAAGCCCCCUAUCGCUGCAGUGAUUCUAAGUGCCUAUGUGGAGGCUUUGGCUUGGACCCAUCGUAAAGUAAACUUCGUUUAG